CGUCUAACCUCGUUUAAGAUAUAACAUCAUUUAUAAAACUGCCCAACCAGACGCGUCCUGAGUUCCAAAGGAAGACCGCGGAAAACAAAAAUAGAAACUUCUCCGGCGUCGAUCAUGGCGUCAGAGUUGCCGGCCUCCGACCGCAAAGUGGUUGUUCAUCUUAGGGCGACCGGCGAUGCUCCCAUCCUCAAGCAGGCGAAGUUCAAGAAAUAUUAUGAGAAACACAAAAAUGCACCUGUUGGGAAGAAUAAGAUGAUGCUUCUGUUAGCACAUUACUUGAGAACUGCCAUUUGGAUAAUGAAGAAUGAUAUGAACCUAAUUGUAAACAGUAGUAGUUAAAUAUGUCUGAUUAGUAGCCUAAGUUAGCCUAGAUAAGUCGUAAUAUGAUUAGUUAGUAGCCUGGGUAAGCCUAAAAAACUCUUGUAAACUUAUAAAUAUCCCAGUUUGGGUGUAUGAUGGCAUGAUAAAUAAUAAAUCCCCUUUCUCC